CAGAAAACAUAUCACUAUGCCUCCCAAAGUACCCUCAAGCGGUGCCGCAGCGCCCGCUUCCAAGAAGUCCGGUAAGAAGUCUGUCGGUGGCAAGCGCAAGAAGAAACGCACUGAGUCCUACGCCAUCUACAUCUACAAGGUGUUGAAGCAGGUCCACCCCGAUACCGGUAUCUCCUCCAAGGCCAUGUCUAUCAUGAACUCGUUCGUUAUUGACGUGUUUGAGCGUGUAGCUGGCGAGGCUUCCAAGCUUGCCAAGUACAACAAGAAGUCUACCAUCUCUUCCAGAGAGAUUCAGACUGCUGUGCGUCUGCUGCUUCCCGGAGAGUUGGCCAAGCACGCCGUCUCUGAGGGAACCAAGGCCGUUACCAAGUACACCUCCAACCGAUAAAUGUGCGAUGUUCUGGGCCCAAUCAGCUUCGAAAUAAUAUGUCUAACGAGCAGUCGGAAACGGUCUGUAGUUGUGACAUGAAAAAAACAAACUACCUGGUGCUUAUUAGCACCACCCUCACGUACAAGAAAUUAGGUAACGAGCUCUAUCAACGCAUACACCAACUUUAUAAGUCUGUAGGUAUUCUAGCGCAAGGUUUGCAUGUGUUCUCAUUGUAGUAUAGGUUUGCAUGCGUUCCCGUUGCGAGUGUCUGCAUCUUUGAUAAGGGUUUAGUAAGUGUGUCUAACUCUGUUUCUGAAUUGUGCAUUGUGUAGUGCUGUGUAUCUCAUGCUGGACGGAAGGGUAGUCGUCGGCUGUGCGCUGUACAGAACCGAAUGCAGACAUGCAGUUGGCCAUCUCGCAACAUACCGCGUGCUUGUGACCUAGCACCCAGCACGUGCUAUACUUGGUCAAUUGAUACUUGAUAGCUUAAAUGUUAGCAAUAAACCGACUGUCCAAUUUGAAGCCCA